AUCUCAAACAUUACCCAGUAAAAUAAAAGCUCCCCGCCCCAGGUCAUAUGAGCUCAUAUCCACAAUACCCUCGUGAUCUUUUCCAGUUUUCAGUUGGUUUAUCCGGACUUCACUUCGGCAUAUCUAGGUUAUUUAUUUCUAUACAAACCAGGAAGAGGAUGGUCACCGUUUGCGCAUGUGCAAUGCGACCCACACGGACGUAUAGCGCACGCUGGGUAGAGAGGCCACGAUGCUUUUACAGUCUGUGGUAAUCCCGGGACCUAAACGUGAACCGUAAACCUCCGGUGCUGACGGAAUCACUGAACCCGGAUAGUUCGGUAACAGAGAUGGCCUGCAGCGCCCAGGACUCCACUCUAAUCGGUCUGUGUGAUGGACAGUUGGACCCGAAGAGACACCGGUCCUCAUUUCUGACGAACAAAGUUGGCGGAGAACCGGACUGGCCUCCGGUCUUCUCCCGGUUGUCCCCCCGCUGUGGUCUCUGCGGUGGCCUUUCUGUCCACGUGGUGCAAGUAUACUGCCCCCUGCAGGCCUCUCCGUACCAUAGAACCCUGCACCUGUUCGCCUGUCCCCGCCCGGACUGCAGCGGGCGGUCUGAGUCCUGGACGGCGCUCCGGUCUCAGAGUCUGGAGGCUCCCGGCCGGCCGGGGCCACUUCCAGCGCCCGCUCCGCUGGUGUCAGACUGGUGCGAGUCCGCUGAUGACUGGGGAAUGGAGGAUGGUUUUGAUGGGUGGGGAGGAGGACCGGACCGGAUUCAAGAUCCGCAAGAGCUGGGAGGAGAGGUGCCUCCAGUCUGUGAUGCUGACGUCAGCCAGCAACUUCAGCACCUCUGCUUGUCAGAAUCAGGAGACCCACCUGUCUUCUGUCCGUUCUUCAUUAAUGUGGUGGAGGAGUCCGACCUGUAUGGAGAAGAUGAGGAGCUGGAGCAUGCUCAGGAGCUGCUCAGAGACUAUGAGAGGAGGGAGAAGAUGGAGGUGGGGAUGCUGGAGGAGAGCAGCUGCAGCAUUGAGAAGUACGAGAAGACCGACGCCAAACAUGGAGACGCAGCGUUCUCCAGGUUUAUGAAGACCAUCUCUCUUUGCCCACAGCAGAUCCUGCGAUACUGUCGAGGUGGAAAACCCGUAUUUAUCUCCAAGCCACCAUCCAGCAUGGCUCAGCUGCUGUCUGCAUGCAGCUCCUGUGGAGGAUCCAGAACCUUUGAGCUGCAGCUGAUGCCAGCUCUUGUCCAUUACCUGCAGAGGAAGGACAGGAGCUCAGAAGCAGAGCUGGAGUUUGGAACUGUGUUGGUGUAUACCUGCAGCACCAGCUGUUGGACUUCAGGGUCAGAAUCUGCUGUAGAGGAGUUCUGCUUUGUUCAAACAGACCCAGACCAACAGCUCUUUAAAUGAAACAGCAGGUGGACAUGUAUCAGAGGACGCGUGGUCCUUCCUGGAAGUCCAGUUAAUACAAAGAGUUUGGUGUUUUCAGAAGAACAGAUCUGGUCAAAUGACUCCCAAGACACAAAAAAUAAAGUUGUGAAACUUUACUUCAGCAUUACAAAAACCAGAACACAAGACAGAACCAGGAUUUCGGACCAGCUAUUCUAAUUUACAUUUGUAUUUGUCACCUGACCUGAUGACCUGUAUUAAAGCUCUUCCAGAGUAA